AUGCCAUCCCGGCCUGGACGUAAUCUCCCCAUACCGCCGGUAUCGAAUGCGGACUUUACUACUGCCUUUCCCUCGAACCCUUCCUUACCGGAGACUCGUUUGCGACGCCCAUCUCAUUCUCAGAAUGACCCAAUCAUGCCUCCAAUGAAUGGCAACUCGCCCAACAGCCCCUCCCGCCGUGGACACCACCGCUCAAUCAGUCAUCCGUUUCCCUUUGCUACACUCGGAAAGAAACGUGACAAGGCUGCUAAAGCUGCUACUUGGGAUUCUGAUUCCGACUCUGAUGAUGUGACAUACCCAGAUAAGGCUCUUGCAACUAGUCCACGAAAGGAUGUAUGGAAGGGAGGGCCUGGGAAUGACCUCGCGGAGGGGAAAUGCCAAACCUGCAACUCGACAGUCCGCUGGCCACGCCACUUGACGACCUACCGAUGCACUACCUGUUUAAUGGUCACAGAUCUUGAUGUGGAACCUCCAACAAAGAAAAAGGUUUACGCGAAUCCAAAUCUAGAAGAGCGAUUGCAAAAGCCACUGCCUCCUGAUCCUCCUGGAGCUAAGUUACCACCGCUGUCGCAGGAGCCCAGACUAGAUGCGCCCUUGUCGGUCGGUUAUACAAGACAUUUGAUCGACGGAUGUCUCUCCGCCUAUUUCCAGAGCCUUCUUGAUGCGCCUCGCACAGGUUUGACGUCAGAUGAUAACCACACAGCGAUGGUUUCUCCGCAAAAUGGAGACCCAAUCCCACCACUGCCAAUGCCAGGUCCAAGUUCUAGUCAUCUUUCUGCCCCGCGAGAGCCUCGCAGCGGCAGCACGUCUACCAUGCCCGGUGAACGGGAUCGGUUUUAUGGAACCAAGGAGAAUCUUAACUUUCUAACCCCAAGUCCGUUGAGACGGGAAGGCAAAGACGUCCCAAUACGAACCCGCGCAAACUCAGACUUGCAAAAUGGAUCGAAGGCAGAUCAAAGGCCGCAACCAAUGGCACAAAACUCACAGCCAGACAGCAAAGAUCGCGACGACCAGCCAUUGAUCUUCAAACGUCUGGAAAACUAUAUUAUAUCCUCCUUCAAAGGAUGCGAAGCUGUCAAUGUGUCAUUUCCCGUUUACCAGCCGUCGAUCCGAUCUGCCAGCAGUGGCAAUCCUCCCAAAAUGAAAUUCGACGCUACUGUGAUCCCUGAAGCGGAUUUGCAGGGGCCUGUUUUUGAGCCUGAUGCCAAAACAUUGCUCCUGGGCGACGUUGCCGAGAAUUCAACAUGGUGGAUGACGGAGUGGGCCCAGACUGAGGGUCAACUUCCUUCCUCUUUCAAAGAAAGAACACCGCAUAAAUCUCGCUCCGUAUCGUCUCGAAGCCCUCGCAUCAACUGGACUGAAGUUAACCAGUGGUAUCAGUUAAUUCUGACAGCUGGCAGCUCUUGGCAUGAGAGAUGGAUGGCUAAGAAGCCUGGCUCAACAGAUACAGAGUUGGAUGAUGGACGAUAUAAGAAAUGGGAGUCAAUCGACGCGUCUAUGAUUGAAAAUGAUAUCAUGGGAUCUCGAUUGCAUCUCCAAAGAGCAUUGAUGAAAGCCAGCGAGAACCUUCUGAAGCGUCCACGGAAGGUAUUGAAAAAGCCAGAGGAUACUCGAUUUUUGCUGAUACUUUUGGCGAAUCCGUUGUUGUCCUCUCCUCUCGCGUAUUCUUCGCCUCGCGCACCUCAGUCAUCCCAUCGGGAUGCCCGGCGACCAUCCCAUCCAAAAGACUCUCCACGACCGACAACUAAGGAUGGAAAAUUUUCUCGUAAAGAUGCUUCCGCACCGGUUACUCGCCCUGGAAGCUCUCACCAUCAUUAUGGCAUUCUCAAGCGAAUUCUAGGGUUGAUGUCCAACUUGUCUAACGAUUGUCACCAUUACUUUGUGUCUUGGUUUGCGCGGUUCUCGCCGAGUCAAUUUGAGCGAAUCGUCGAAUUGGCUGGUGGGUUUGUAACAUAUCGCCUUACCCGUCAACAUGGUCGCAAACGUGAUGAAAAUCCCAAGGAUGGAAAUGAACUGAUCCCGAGCUUUGCCAGUGCCGCUGGCAACACGACUGCUGAAUUACAUGCGGCCAUAAAUCGACGAAACCCGAACAAUCACCCGGCGAAGAAAAAGGAAGAACCAGUUAUCUACGCGGAAGAUUGGCAGAUUAGAGGAGCAGCAAGAAUAUUGUCACUUCUUUUCACUGCAAAUACUUCGCAGACGCCACGGAAGCCUGAUACUGGGUCAAAUGACGUGAGAGUACGGCGUCCUACUGACUCUGGGAACAAUUCUGAGCGUGACCAAGAAUACGUGGUCCCAAUCAGCUCGUUUUACAACACCUUGCUGGAUUAUUCAGACCUUGUCACAGACUUUGAAACGUGGGAGUCAAAAAGCUCAAAGUUUUCGUUCUGCCAGUACCCUUUCUUCCUCAGUAUUUGGGCCAAAAUUCACAUCCUUGAGCACGAUGCCCGACGCCAGAUGGAGGUGAAGGCACGUGAAGCCUUUUUCAGCAGCAUUCUCAAUCACCGACCGGUCAGUCAAUAUCUUGUGUUGAAGGUGAGACGAGAAUGUCUCGUUGAAGACAGUCUGAGAGGUGUCAGCGAGGUAGUAGGAUCAGGUCAAGAGGAGAUCAAGAAGGGACUUCGAAUCGAGUUUUUGGGAGAAGAAGGUAUUGAUGCUGGUGGUCUACGGAAGGAGUGGUUUUUGCUGCUUGUCCGAGAAGUCUUUGACCCUCAUCAUGGCCUUUUCAUCUACGACGAAGAUUCGAAAUAUUGCUACUUCAACCCCUUCUGUUUUGAAUCCUCUGAGCAGUUUUUCCUCGUUGGAGUUCUACUAGGACUUGCCAUUUACAAUUCCACCAUUCUGGACAUCGACCUGCCUCCUUUCGCAUUCAGGAAAUUGUUGGCCUCCGCUCCGCAAACCAACAUUCCGCAGGUAUCACCAACCCAGCGCCCCAAGUUCAAAUGUACCUUGGAUGACCUUGCUGAAUACCGACCUGCACUUGCUAAAGGCCUUCGUAUGCUGCUUGACUAUGAAGGGGAUGUUGCAGAGACCUUUUGCUACGACUUCGUCGCCCAAGUUGAGCGUUAUGGAGAGGUUGUCAAUGUGCCUCUUUGUGCUGGAGGAGAGAAGAGGCCUGUUACCAAUGCCAACCGGCGCGAAUUCGUAGAUGCUUACUUAUAUUAUCUCCUUGACACUGCUGUGGCUCGGCAAUAUGAGCCAUUUAAACGGGGAUUCUUCACAGUCUGCGGUGGCAAUGCCUUGUCCUUGUUCCGAGCCGAAGAAAUCGAACUGCUCGUACGUGGCUCAGACGAGCCUCUUGACGUGACCUCUCUACGUGCGGUGGCCACAUAUGACAAUUGGUCACAUCCAUAUCCCGAAUCAAUCCCGGUCGUGCAGUGGUUCUGGGCAUUCUUUGAGAGUGCCCCGCCACCAUCGCAGCGAAAGAUUUUGUCAUUUAUCACUGGUAGUGAUCGCAUACCCGCUAUGGGCGCCACGAGCCUCUCAAUCCGUUUGGCUUGUCUUGGAGACGACUCACCGAGAUACCCUAUUGCACGGACCUGUUUCAACACAUUGAGUCUAUAUCGCUAUGCCAAUCGUGAAAAGUUCCUGAAACUGCUCUGGGAUGCGGUUGUGAAUAGUGAAGGUUUUGGUUUGAAAUGA